AGAUGCAUGGCAGAAACCCUCAUUCUGCUCCUCACAAGAUAUGUGUGAUGGAUAGCGAUCUCUUGGCCCAGCAGGAUACAGGGACCAUGCAUGCUGUAAUUGGUCAGGAUCCUAUGAUUUCUGGACAGCAACUCAGCAAACCCUUGCUGUCCCUACGAGCUGAAAUGAAUGCAGAAUCGAGAGGUGAGGACAAGACGGCCACUUCAGACAAUGAGCUAAAUGAGUCUCUGGUUGUGCCUGUGGAAUUAAAUGACAGCGAGGACACUCCCAGCAAGCUCUUCGGGGCAAGAGGAAGCACUACACAUUCGGAACCUGGCACACCUGACCAACACCAGCCUAGCCAAACACACCCUUCAUUCACAGUUGGGGCACAGCCAUUGCUAACAGCACAACAGCUGGCCUCAGCUGUAGCAGGAGUGAUGCCAACCAGCAAUCCCGCCCUCAAUCAGCCUAUCCUCAUACCGUUUAAUAUGGCUGGGCAGCUCGGCAACCAGCAGGGGCUCGUUCUCACAUUGCCGACUGCCAAUUUAACCAACAUCCAGAACUUGGUUGCAGCAGCUGCCGCUGGAGGCAUCAUGACAUUACCACUGCAAAACCUGCAAGCUACCUCAUCCUUGAAUUCUCAAAUCCAGCAACUCCAACAUCUUCAGCAGCUGCAACAUCAACAGCAACAAGGCCAACAUCAGCAUCAGCAGAACCACCAGCUGCCUGGCCAGCAGGCAAUAUCCCCUCAAAAACACAGCCAGUCCCCAGGGCAAGGCCUCCAUUCACCACUGACACCAACCAAUCCACUUCAGUUGGCAAGUCAAGCAGCAGCGAUGGGUUCCAUUGCCGGAUCCCAGGCUUUCAGCAAUGCUCUGUCCAACCUGCAAGGGAUGACUUCCCAGCUCGUCACCAAUGCACAAGGCCAGAUAAUCGGGACGAUCCCUUUGAUGUCAAACCCUACAGUGCCAUCUAAUCAAAAUGCAGGUGGGACUCAAGGCAUCCAAGUACAACCAAUUACCCCUCAGCUUCUGACUAAUGCCCAAGGUCAGAUCAUCGCCACAGUGAUUGGAAAUCAGAUCUUGCCAGUAAUCAACACACAGGGAAUAACACUGUCGCCCAUUAAACCAGGCCAGCAGCAACAGCAACAGCAUCCGCAGGUAGGCCAGGCAGUGUCCCAGGCUAACCUUCUGCACAUGGCACAUGGGCAGUCCUCCCUCGCACAAAGCCCAGUGCGCCAAGCCUCCUCUUCUUCCUCUUCAUCCUGUUCUUCUUCAGCUCUGAGUGUUGGACAGUUAGUCAGCAAUCCUCAAACAGCAGCCAGUGAAGUUGAUGGAGUAAACCUUGAAGAAAUUCGUGAGUUUGCAAAAGCUUUUAAAAUUCGACGUCUGUCUCUAGGUCUGACACAGACGCAGGUUGGACAGGCCUUAAGUGCCACUGAGGGACCAGCAUACAGCCAAUCUGCCAUCUGCAGGCACACCAUCCUGAGAAGCCACUUUUUCCUACCACAGGAUGCCCAAGAGAGCUCUAUAGCUAGCAGUCUGACAGCCAAACUGAACCCUGGCCUUUUGUAUCCUGCCAGGUUCGAAAAGCUGGACAUCACCCCUAAAAGUGCCCAGAAGAUUAAGCCCGUUCUUGAGCGGUGGAUGGCUGAGGCUGAGGCCCGCCACCGAGCAGGAAUGCAGAAUCUAACUGAGUUUAUCGGCAGUGAGCCCUCCAAAAAGCGCAAGCGGCGGACGUCUUUCACCCCCCAGGCCUUGGAGAUCUUAAAUGUCCACUUUGAAAAGAAUACGCACCCGUCAGGCCAGGAAAUGACAGAAAUCGCCGAGAAACUGAACUAUGAUCGGGAAGUGGUUAGAGUGUGGUUCUGCAACAAGAGGCAAGCGCUGAAAAACACAGUCAAACGCUUAAAACCACCCGAGCCCUCCACAGGCCUGGCCAUGGAACCCCUCACAGACACUUUCGAAGAAGCCUCAUAAAAAAAAUAAAAGGCCCACCAGUAAGUCAUGAAGCGACAUCUUUGGAAGAGUCCUUGCACAUCUCCUGCAAGUAAAAGAAUGCAAAGUGCUGUGUGUUGACACAUUUUCAGACUGUCUGUUGAGUUUACUAUUGAAAAAAGCAACACAUUAUUGUGCGGUAGAAUUAGUUUUAAUGGGAAAGAAAAACACCCGGUCUUUUAGCAGGCUGAAACUGAACCAAAUAGACAUUUCUUGUACUGUAAAAUAUGUGAAAAUAUUUGACUGAGAAAAACACCUACCAUGAGUUACAGAGAGCUCUAAUUGAACAGAGGGACCGCAUCUGAAGUAGUGCCUGUCAUUCAGUGUCAGGUACUGUGCUGCAUUAUUACUAAUCUGUUAACCAAAGUCAGAACUAAAAAAAGCACCAGAAUCAAAGUUAUUAGCCUACUGGUUUUCAACGUAUAUUGUAUUUGAAGUUUUUACAUUUGUGAUUACAAAAAACGGAUGAAUUACUUUUCCUCCCCCUCACAGAUUGCGUCUGUUUAUCAUGUUGUGGGAUCACAACUGUGAAAAUCAUUACAACGGUGUCAUUUUGUCUUUCUUACGUGCGACUGAAAUGUUUGUGUGCCAACAAUUUCUAAGUAAUAAGCAGCUGCCAGUGGUUCUGUGUGAUGAGUUUUAAAUUGCACUGUAGUUCAGUAGUGCAAUAUGAAAGGGGGAUUAUACACAUCGCCAGUAAUGCAAUGUUGGGUUUCCCUUUAUUACAGUGGCCACAAACACAAAGAGGUUCUAUUUAGCAUUCCUGUAUCACAACCUCAAUUGUCUGUCUAAUUGCAGCAUCAAUGUGAAUUUUGUGUGCAAAGCAAUUUUUCCAAAGUCUGUUAGCCAAAGAAUUUCAACAGCAUUGUGGUUAAGAGUAAAAUGAUAAAGGUUAAAUUAGUGAUUAGGACUUAGUCAUGACCACAUCAUAGACUGUUUCAUUGUUAAUCUUAUUUAUUCAGAAUAAGUAUUGGAGCAAAGGCACUGAGCUACAGUAACUGCACAAGCUGUAACUGGUAAUCAUAUUUCAUUUACAGCUCCUGUUUUUCUUACAGAUGUUUAGAUGGCUGAGCAUUUUCCAGUUCCCCAAAUCCUCAAUGCCAAGGAAGCACAUAAAUGCACAUACACAUAUAACAAAGGUUUUCUUUAAUGACAGCUGUGGUGUCUCUUUUGUUGGCCAAAAAAUAUUUUCCACAUCAGGGUCACUAUUUAUGACUUGUUAAUUUGUAGAAGACAGCAUAGCCCCAAAGAAUUUGGAAUAUAUUCCAGAUCUGGUCACACGAGAUCAUGUCUACAUUAGAUCUCACCAAAUAUUACAUAUUUAUUUGGAAACAGUGGAUUUGAAAUUACCAAAGACAGUGAAACCAGGGACAAUGAAAAGAGAUAUAUUCGCAAUUAUUUAACUCUUUCCAAUUGAACUUUAUAAAUCACAUUUAGGCCAAUAUCUGAGGAUCUCAACUUUCACAUGAAGUAGCAUAUUAUCAUAUUCAUGCAACAUAGAGAGAAAAUGGCCAGAAGUUAUAUCAAAUUAGUAGACAACGUCAUUGAGCUAUUUCAUUCAGGAAUUUGUUUUCCAUUGGUGGCAUAUUAUGAUAAUCAGUGGCGGAAUGGCCAGGGUGUCAGCUUGCCCGGUGGCAAGUGGGCCCCUGAUGAAGUGGGCCCCCUAUAUCAAGUGGGCCCCUGAUGAAGUGGGCCCCCUCUGUCUCCUGGCAACCAAUAUUUUUAGACCCAGUCCUCCACUGAUGAUAAUGAUGAAGUUGCAGUGUGUUUAUUUCACUUCUCCAUUGACUUCAAUGGAACCAAAUAGUGGAGCCAGAAGACAAUUCACAGACUCUACCAUAUUGCACAUUUUAUGGCAAUGAUUGAUGAAACCAUUCUCUUUACUUAAAUGUCUUUAAUCCAGACUUCCUGAAACCAAUUAGGUUUGUUUCUCUACUACAACAUUAUUACACCUUGAUUCAAAUAUUGAGCAAACAUCAGUGGAUAUUCUAAAAUGGAUAAAUGGUGGAAAUGGUUUUGCAUCAGUGGUCCUUUAUUGAAUAGAUAUCUGCUUUCAUAAUACCCAUUUUAUUGACAAGAAGUCAAAUAAGAUGAUGUACAAGUGAUUAUUCAAGUCUCAGGCCAAAUGGAUUAUCACAUUUUUGUCUACUGAAUAAACCCAGCAUCUAUGUGUAUUAGGUGGUGUUUGACGCAAAGCAUCAUGUUAGUGUUGUGAUAUGGAGGAGAAAAAAAUAAGUAGAACAUAUUGUCCAAAUUCAAGCCAUUUGGUCAACAGUAAGUGCGGUUGCAAAACAUUUGUUCAAGAGAUUGUUUUUUAAAAAGUGCAGGGCUUGAGGGAAAGAGUUGUGACUGGAAAGAUGAAGAUCGCCAAGCUUCAAGUGAUACUUCCGACAUUGUAAUGGGACAUUUAUAUCAUGAAUUAAUAUUCAUCUAUGUGGCCAAACGGUGAAGAGAGCUGAGCAAUAAUUAAACAUUACACAGUUAAUGACAAACAUAAUGGCCAGUUAUUGUUGUGGGUGUACUAAACUUCCAGAAAUUACGCUUAGACUGCCUGAGGCCAGGUGAAAAGUCUGCCAUAUAGCAAACCAUGCAUGCAUGUUAUUUCAAAGGAGCCAACCUCCAAUAUAAUGGAGUGAUGAAAAUCAGUCACGUUGAGC